CCGUAACGAGAGGGUGUUUUGUCGGUGGAUUUCUUUAUUUCGUUAGUCUUUUUGGCUCACAAAAACCGCUUUUGAAGAAUAAAAACUAAGCUGCCCGCCCAUAUGUCUUAAUUCUGUCUCCCUCCCUCUCUCUCUCUCUCUCCAAUCAAUUCAAGAAAUGGACGGCGGCGGAGCUCCGAGAAUCUCCUCCCGGCGGCGGAGCGACAAGCCCUACAAGGGCAUCCGUAUGCGCAAGUGGGGGAAGUGGGUCGCCGAGAUUAGAGAGCCCAACAAGAGAUCCCGAAUCUGGCUCGGCUCCUACUCCACCGCCGUCGCAGCCGCCCGCGCCUACGACACCGCCGUCUUCUACCUCCGCGGCCCCACCGCCAAGCUCAACUUUCCCGACCAAAUCGCCGCCGCCGCCCUCCACGACCUCUCCGCCGCCUCCAUAAGGAAGAAGGCGGCGGAGGUCGGCGCCCGGGUCGACGCCCUCCACUCCACCAAUCGCCUCUCCGCGAAACCCGCUUGGUUUGAGGAAGAGAUCGAUCUCAACAAGCAGCCCGAGCCCGAACCCGCCCAACCCGAACCCGAGGACUCCAGCCUUGACUAUAGCUCAUAGAAAUUGUAAUUGUUAAUUAAUUACUACAAAUAACGUUUUUUUUUUUUUACUUUUUUCUUUUUUAAAAUUUUAGUGAUGUAGUGUUCCUCGUUGAGGGGUGUGAUGAUAAACAUGCACCUAGUAAUUCAGGCAGCGAUCUCUUUUAGAUUUAUUUUUGGGGAUUUUUGUAUAUUAUUAUUAGUAGAUUUUGAAUUUUUUUUAGGUUGUUCUUUGGUAUAUAGGCUAUAUUGAUAUGGUUGGAUGGAACAGUUUGGCGUUAUGCUUGUGUAAAAGAAUAAUUAAUGUACAUAUCUUAGGUAUCUACAGCAGCAUAGAUUUUCUUGUAGAGGAAGUGCAUGUUAGUGUUGAUGAUUAUUGGUGGUGGUGGUGGUGGUGGUGGGCGAGCGGGAAGCAGAUGGGGUCCUACAAUUGCUCGAGUUUGGUGCAAGUGGAUAUUUUUCAAUUAAUUAUCAAGAUUUUAAUUUUUGAGUUUUGAAUUUUUAAUUUUGUAAUGUGAGUAGUACUAUUUUCUUAUAAUGUUGAGGUGUUUAGGAGUAUAACUAUUUCUUGCUUUUACACGGUGGCAGCCACAGCCCCCAGCCGGCCCGGCGGAGCUAGUGGGUCAAUCUCAAUCAUGUUGUAUCCUUUUCUAUUUUAUUAUUAUUAUUAUUAUUA